AAUGACGUCCAGUGGUGCCCCUCACUAACGCUAGAAUUUAGCAAGUGCAAGUCGCGUUACGUUAACUGGCCGACGCAACGCGUUCAGUGUGGCAGUUGGAUGUGUGGGAAACGGCGACCUUUUUCAAAGGCUAUUCAGAUGAUUUCUCUGGAUGCCUUGAAGUCCUCGAAACUUCCACAGUAGCUGCGUCAAGCAUCCAUGGAUCCCCAAUUGCCACCAUGGCUGCGGUGACAUCCCUAGGGCUGCACCAGCCGACAGCACUGCAAUAUGCCAUCCAGGAGCAGCUCAUCGACGAGCACGCCCCCAAACCCGAGUACACCUGGCACACUUUUGUGAGCCACGAUGGAGACCACGUCGGCGAGGACGAGCUACUCGUCACCAAAGAGGCAGUCAUCUGGUCUAGGGGCAACAUAUUUCGCAAAUGUUUUGGCUUCAAGCUUGAGAAAGAGCCUGUAACCCAGGCAUUGUUGACUUACUUCCCAACCUCGGACCAGUCGUCACACCACAGCCCACGGCAUGGAUCCCAGUCCAAGCUGUCCUUUGACCGUCGCAUAUUGUCCAAGGCUUUAGUCGUCUUCCUCAAAACCCAGGCUCAUAUUUACUUUCUAGACGGCACAAGCCAUGUCGUCCACAUGCCCUUUGAGGUCGAGUCCGCCUGCGCCGCCCCUCAGGGCGUUAUAAUACAGCGCAAACCGAGAAACGAUGUCGGUUCUGCUUCCAGCCUCAAGUUCCCUCGAGUCCCGCCGAAUUCCUUUAUAUCACCCCAGACAUCCCCUGUGUCCAUGCGAAACUCGCAACAGUCCACCUUCACCACCGACACACUCGGUAGACCCAAAGCCCUGCCCUUGAGACUCACUCAUCAGGGUGAGAAUAUAUGGGAAGUGCCCAACGAGAAGGAGGACUCGCACUGGCCUCGCCUAGUUUCGCUAACCGAUCCUCUACUCGACAUGGGCUUGGUUGUCACGCAUGCCGACAAACCUGCAAAGCUGAAGAACAGGCGAGUCUCUAGCAAGCAGCCGUGCUUUCUCGACCGAGCAGAGGAGAUACUCCACAUCGAGGAAAUCAUGGUGGCUGAACCUACUAUGCAAGAGCGCUCCGAGCCUUUGGUUCUGGCGAUAACCAUCAACAGAGAAAGCAGUAUGUACACUGUCUGGAGAUUCACCUAUCUCAAACGGGAAGAUCCCUUCCGGGCCCCUAAAUCCACCAAGAAGACGGGAGACCGUCGCAGGAGCUCAAUGCAGCCCGGCCUCCCAAGUGGUGUCGCUUCCCCUACCCAGCCAAGUUUCCAGGAGAGCUUCGGAGCUACUCUUCCCGGCAAACGGACUCGCAAGAGUGAGAAACAGGAAAAGGUAGCCAAAGCUCUCGAGAAUCUUGAGUCGUCUCUUGGCCUCGAUAAAGAUGCCGCGGCGGGUCGACGCACUUCGCGCCGUGUAAGUUCCAUGCUUGCUAGAGCAGAUCUCUCUGCAUCGCAGGACAGGACAGCCUUCGGCGACCAACCUCAGGUCGCCAACCACACGAGCGGCCGUCGAGAGACAUCAUAUGGAAGUAACCGCGCACGAACUAGCGGUGUCUUCGCAGGGGCUAGUUUUGGCGGAACAGUAAUGCAGAGCGCAAACACUCUUGGUAGCUUCUUAGAAGCCCCGGUGGACAACCUGCUCGAAGAGUUGCGCGCUGGUGGAGAUUUUGAGGGCUUUCAUAACAUGGGACUUGAUGAUCAUGAUUUUGACGGCAUGGCGCGGGAAAUCAUGUUCACCAAAGUCCAUAGCGUGCCGGUAGAUAACAGCAACGUCAGGUACUCGCUCUCUAGAGUACCCGCAAAGGAGCACUGUAAGGUCUUUUGCCUCACAGGAUCCCCUUCUUUGGAGGACGUGCAAAAUCGACGCCAGGUUCUUGUUGGCUUUCAAGAUUCCAUGGAAAAGCGACUCCAGUUGUUGACGCUCUAUCUUCAGACGCCGGCGAAAACCUCGACCGCCGGUCCCGAAUCAGUAAGCAUCACUUUCGGGCAACUCUGGAAAGUGCAGAACGUCAUUGAUUGCUGCAAGCUAGUCGACAAAACUGUAUCAACAAUCCUCGUGCUGUCCGAGGGGGCAAACGGCACACGCGAACUUAGUCUACAGGCACCUUGGAGUGAGCUGACAUCAGUGUCUCUGCCUUCUAAACUUUCACUCUCCAAUGUGCGGAGCCUGGAUGAACGCGGUGGCCUUGUGGAUAGGGAGGUCGGUCUCCGACGAGCCAUCACGCCUUCAGUGGGCGAACUAGCGGGCAUACGACACCCAAAACUCAAUGGAGUAGUCGAUAUUCUCGAUGGCGAAACGCAUCAGCUGCACCAAAUACGCAUUCAAUUGCAACCAACCCGACCUCAAGUUGUCAAGAUUUUCAAUGUGCUUAGAGCAGUUUUGCCAUCAUCGAUAGGUGACAGGCUAUUAGCUGGUUGGUGGCAUAUCAUGGUUUGGCUAGGUACGCAAACCCUCGAUGUCGCGGACCCCGAAUGGUCCGCUUUUGUGAUCCAGCUGCUUGGAAUAUUCAUGGCCCUCGGGACGAAUGAGCUGGUGACUGCUGUCAGUGGUCCCAUCGGCCAUCGAAGGAACAGAAGUCUACUCAGAUCCAGCAGUGGAGCUCAGGUCGACCUCAGCGAUUGGGACGCAAUGAAUAUCUUUGAGAAGCCCAAUUCCACCGCCCACCCAUACUGGAUAGACAACCGGAGCUGGCAGUGGGCCGUUGAGGAAGAGGAUGCUGCAUCAAACAUGUUUCAUCCAAGCCAGGGCAGGCAAGAUGAUAUGUCGUUCAUGGUAGCUCAUCUAAAGUAUGCUCGAUCUUUCAGAGCGUCAAGCUCUGGUGAAUCAGCUUAUGGUCCUAGUGGCUUUGCUCCGACUACAGAAGUAAACUCCGAAUCGAAGCGAUUAAGCUGUGCACAAGAUAUACUUAUGGCGCUGCACUGGUUACUCGAAGAACAGAAGCUGGAUAUAAGUGCCUAUCAUUUGACACCACCCGGCUCGGUUGACCUUCGAAUUCUUGUUCUACAGAUCGUCAAGUGGCUUCACUGGACCCAUUGGUCGACGGUAUAUGAGCUAGAAUUGCCUUUCGGUCCUUCUGACGUCCACGACAGUCUUGCGAACGUGGUCAUCCCAAAAUCGGUCCCCGAGCCGCGUUUAUGGAGUGUUCUUGAAUGGAUACAGGACUCAUUAACACAGGCAGAAUCAACAGCAAACUCUCUGCCUUAUCAGAUAUCUGCACUGACAGUCGAUAUUCUUCCACAAACUAAGCUGUUUGAACGCUUUUUCGAAGCGCUCAAAACGCGACGUCAAGGACCUAUAGAAUUCGUUGAGGCGAUGCAUGACAGCGGUGUGACUCCUCACGUUUUAGAGUCUUUACCGGACACAAUUCUUGUGCCACUGCGAGAUGCCAUUUCCCGAUGUCAGGCGCGUCCGCCGCCCACUUGGUCUCGUAGCUUGCUCGAACUUGUCGAUCGUGCCGAUGUUGGCUCUGUGUUAUUGCCCCUCGAUGGCAGCCAACAGCACUGCUCCAGUCUUGCGGCCUCCUCGCAUCUCUCGUCAUGGGACUUUAGUUCUCUGUGCCAGAAUGUGAUGGAUUUCAAUGAUGCCCCUGCCGAUGAUACAGCCGAAAGCGACAAACAAUCAGUCAUUCGCGCUAUCUUCAAGGAAGACCGACGUUUAGAAGAAACUAAACUCAUGCUAAAUACCACCAGACCAAGAGGUUUCCGCCUCGAUCCUCAACCUGAAUGGUCUGAACCUUUCUACCUCGAACAGCAAAAGGAGCAUGUGACACGACUUGCCACCAACACGUUGUCUAUUCCGGCUGGCCGUGGACUAAUGAAUUAUGGCCUACGGUUUCCACUUCUUACUCAAAAAUACCACAUCAACGGUUUCGUGCUCAAUUGUGUCGUCAAGCCUACCAACGUAACCGUUGGUGUAGACAAAAACCUUUUCACUGAAGACAAAAUUGCCUGGGCGUUUUUCCACUCAGGUGUUGCUGCUGGUUUAUCGAUAUCACGACAGGCAAAAGGUGUAGACACUUCCUGGAUCUUAUACAACAAGCCAGGACACGACCUCAACAACCGACACGCUGGAUUCCUGCUUGCACUCGGUCUCAAUGGCCAUUUGAAAGGUUUGGCCAAAUGGGUGGCCUUCAAAUACUUGACACCAAAGCACACAAUGACCUCUAUCGGUCUUCUUCUUGGACUCGCUGCUUCAUAUAUCGGCACGAUGGAUUCCUUGAUCACCCGGUUGUUGUCUGUGCAUGUUACUCGCAUGCUACCGCGCGGCGCUGCAGAACUUAACCUGUCGCCCCUCACGCAGACGACCGGUAUCAUGGGCAUUGGACUUUUAUAUUGCAAUAGCCAGCACCGGCGAAUGAGCGAAAUCAUGAUGUCCGAAAUAAAACACGUGGAAACCGAAGACGAUGAGGAGCCGCUGCGCAGUGAGUGCUACCGGCUAGCCGCUGGCUUUGCUCUCGGAUAUAUCAAUCUGGGGAAAGGCACCGACCUCAAAGGCCUUCAUGACAUGCGGAUUACCGAGCAAUUGCUGACGCUGGCUUCAUCCACGAAGAACACGGAACUUGUGCAUGUUCUUGACCGAUCAAGCGCUGCUGCCGUCAUGGCUAUAGCGCUCAUUUACAUGAAAUCGGAGGACCACAUCGUCGCUCGUAAAAUCGACGUGCCUGAUGCUGUGCUCCAGUUUGAUUAUAUACGUCCCGACAUCCUGCUUCUUCGCACUGUCGCUAAACACUUGAUCCUGUGGUCCGAAAUCAAGCCGACACAUAACUGGAUUCGAAAGAACCUACCGGCUAGAUACCAUUCGAGAGUAAAUCCUCCAACGCAAAGCUUUGACGAUUCGCACCGGGGACCAUUGAACACCACGCACCUCCCAUUCUUGACUAUCCUUGCGGGUCUUUGUUGGGCGGUUGCGCUGCGACACGCGGGUUCUGGUGACACACGCGCUCGGGAUCUUCUCCUCGUGUACUUACAACGUUUUUACGGCUAUUGUCGCUCGGCGCCGGUGAAGGCGAACUUCGAUGAUCGCACUGUACAUGUCACUGCAAGGAUGUGUCUAGAUGUUGUUGCAUUGUCAGCUGCGACGGUCAUGGCCGGGACUUGUGAUUUGAAGGUGCUUCGAAUCCUGCGAUCUCUCCACGGACGAAACGACACCGAGACAACCUACGGCUCGCAUAUGGCUACACAUAUGGCAAUAGGUGUCUUAGCCCUCGGGUGUGGAACUCAGACAUUUAGCACAUCUAAUAUGGCCAUUGCGUCAUUACUGGUGGCUUUCUAUCCAGAUUUCCCAGACCAAGUACAGGACAACAAAAGCCAUUUGCAAGCGUUCAGACACUUCUGGGUCCUCGCUACUGAUUCCCGCUGCUUGGUUACAAAGGACGUCUCCACGAACACCCCCAUUAGUGUUUCAAUCAUCAUCAAGUUCAAAGGCGGCAGACCUGAGGAAGUGCGAAACACGCCUUGCCUCUUGCCGCCCCUCGCAGAUAUCGUCAAUGUGCGCACCAACAGUCCAGAGUUCUGGAAUCUUGAAAUGGAUUUCUCUGGCCCCGCAGGUUCUGAAACAAGGCAGAAGUUCGAGAAGAACCAGGCGCUCUAUCUUCGCAGGCGGCCAGCAGGCGGCGACCCUUUCUCUGCGACUAUGCUCGCUUUGGGUCGCCAAGCUGUCUCAACGGCUGAGGACCAGCUUCAACCGUUGGAGUGGCUUUUUGACGCUGCAUCAACCCUGAGACGAUUAACGCAUGCAGAGCGCGAUAUUACGCUAGACAGCGCUGUAGGCGGACCCGAUGUCAGUCUCAGCAGGGGUAGCGCGGUCGACGCCAGACUGGUUCUUGAAGAAAGCUUGACGACCGGUAGGAGGGACGAUUUAAUUGGCCUAAAGGGUCUUUUCGAGUGGCUGGAAUGGAAGGCAAAGAAAGUCGAGAAAGACAAGCAAGAGAAGACGGAGGGGACGGCCUGGAAUAACGAGGGUUGGCUGAGAGAAAGCAUCAUCGAAGGUCUCAAGGGCAAGGUCUGGCUUGCAGCACGUGAGGACAAUUAGACUUGUAUGCAUACAAAGCAUGAGGCGUAUGCCUGCAAUAACGAGCUUAUGAAGAGAUGAUGGUGCUCUGCACUCACCUUAACACCAAAACCCGG